GCAAUGCACCGCAGCCAUGUGAUAGGGUAUAUAUAUAUGCAAGGCCAAGCCCAAGGACAAUAGCUACACUCACAUUCAAAAAUCCAUCACUCCUCUCAUUCUUCGCUGCCAAAGCGCCAAACUCUUAAGAGAUCAUAUCCGAAUUGCGGCCACCAUUAGCCACAUAACACAUUGACACCGGGAGACCUCACCUUUCAACGUAUCCAAAGGAUACCUUUCCCGUAUUCGACUACCAGGUUUGACUUACAGAAAGACAGCCAUGGCUUCUGCGCCCACGUCAAAGGCAGUUGCGACGAAAUCACCGUCAAUGACUUUAAAGGGUCACAGAGACCUGAUUCAAUCUAUAUCUUACUUUCCAGACAGCCAGCGAAUAAUCAGCGGAUCUUGGGACAAGACCACUCGGCAAUGGGAUCUGAAGGUAGGUAAGGAGAUCGAGGAAGCGCGAGGUGUUUGCGAGGGGCAAGUAUGGGCAGUGGCGGUAUCAAAGGAUGGUCGAUGGGUUGUUACUGCCAGUGGUGGAGAUGGUGAUCGUGCGGAGUUGAAAGCGUGUGAGGUUGAGACGGGGAUUGUGAGAACAUUCGAAGGACACUCACGGAGGAUCAACUGCAUCGAUAUCUCAACAGACAACACGUUAUUGGCGAGUGGGUCAGAAGAUAAAACGACGCGGAUAUGGAACUUAGGGACUGGAAAACUCGUGGCUGGUCCAUUCAGAGGCAUGGGGGCCGUUCGAUUCUCAACAGACUCGAAGAAACUUGCAGUCAUGUCGUGGCUGGGGAUGUGCCUUGAGGUCCGUGAUGUUCAAUCACAGAAAUUGGAUGCGAAGAUAGGGGAAUUUGGUGGAAUAGGAUCCACGUAUAAGCCAGCUGUGUGCUGGACAAAAAACAACAAAACCAUCAUAGCCCCGUUCAACUUCGUUACAAAUGAUGAUGCCAGGACAAUCCACGAUCCCGUCAACUCCUCGCUUCCUUCGACGCUCAAAAUCCUCGGAUCCUUAUCCUCUCACCCGACUCGCACCAAUUAGCUUACGGGACUUACAUCGAAUCUGAAGAUGAUUGUAAUAUAUGUAUCUGCGAUACUCCAUCUGACGUCCUCGCUCAGACAAGUGCACGCAAGA